GCGCGCCGCCCACGCCUGGUGCUGGGCGGGCGGCGUCCACGCCAGUCCACUUGUUGAUAUCGCCCAGAAAACUUGUUUCACCAGUGUCCGAGUGAUAUAUCCGACAUGGCUCCUAGGAACAAGGAACAGGAGCAGGAGGUCCUGACCUGGAUAUCUGCCGUGAUCGGGGAGCCGCUGCCGAAGGGAGAGUACGAGGAUAUCCUCAAGGAUGGAGUCCUCCUGUGCAAGCUCGCCAACAAACUGUCCCCGGGAUCGGUGAAGAAAAUCCAGGAGAGGGGCACCAAUUUCCAGUUGAUGGAGAAUAUCCAGAGAUUCCAAGCUGCGAUUAAGAAAUACGGAGUGCCGGAGGAGGAGAUUUUCCAGACUGCUGAUUUAUUCGAAAGACGCAACAUUCCCCAAGUGACCUUAUGUUUAUACGCUCUAGGCAGAAUUACACAAAAGCACCCUGAAUGGACCGGUCCACAAUUGGGCCCCAAGAUGGCGGACAAGAACGAGAGGACGUUCACUGAGGAGCAGCUGAGGGCGCACAAUGCCGAGCUGAACCUCCAGAUGGGAUUCAACAAGGGUGCCUCUCAGUCUGGCCAUGGAGGUUUUGGCAACACUCGCCAUAUGUAAAAAAAAAACUGAAAAAAAGCAACGCGCAAGAAGAAACGCACUCUAUCUCUCUCAAUAUCUAAUUUUUUUCUUAAAUAUAAAAUGUUAUUAUAUUAAAGUUUGCAUAACCCAGCGCAAUUAUGUUCAAUUUAGAUUUAAUUUCAAAUUGUUAAUUCACACAUAAAAUUUAAACUUAGCAUGAGAAUUAUCUAAUUUAUUGCAACGUUUUCCGACAGCUAUACAUUUUAUACGAAUUAUUUUUGUAGAGGAUAAAAUGUAAAAGUGAUUUUAUACAUAUUUUGUAAUAUAAUAAAUGUAUGAUUAAGACA